AUGGGACAUCUCUUCUCUAAGGCAGGAGUCUUGACAAGGAGCAGCUCGGAGCUGAGGAAGGAGAAAUCCCGAGAUGCCGCAAGGUGCCGACGCAGCAAGGAGACAGAGGUCUUCUACGAACUGGCUCAUGAGUUACCUCUGCCUCACAGUGUGAGCUCCCACCUAGACAAAGCCUCCAUCAUGCGGCUAGCUAUCAGCUUCCUGAGAACACACAAGCUCCUGUCCUCAGUCUGCUCUGAAAAUGAAUCUGAAGCUGAGGCCGACCAGCAAAUGGAUAACUUGUACCUGAAAGCCUUGGAAGGUUUUAUUGCAGUGGUGACCCAAGACGGUGAUAUGAUCUUUCUGUCAGAAAACAUCAGCAAGUUCAUGGGACUGACCCAGGUAGAACUAACAGGACACAGCAUCUUUGACUUCACUCACCCUUGUGACCAUGAGGAGAUCCGUGAGAACCUGACUCUCAAAAAUGGCUCUGGCUUUGGGAAGAAAAACAAGGAUAUGUCUACCGAACGUGACUUCUUCAUGAGGAUGAAGUGCACAGUCACCAACAGAGGCCGGACUGUGAACCUCAAGUCAGCCACCUGGAAGGUCUUGCACUGCACCGGCCAAGUGAGAGUCUACAACAACUGCCCUCCUCACAAUAGCCUGUGUGGCUACAAGGAGCCACUGCUCUCCUGCCUCAUCAUCAUGUGUGAACCCAUCCAGCACCCAUCCCACAUGGACAUCCCCUUGGACAGUAAGACUUUCCUGAGCCGCCACAGCAUGGACAUGAAGUUCACCUACUGUGACGACAGAAUCAUGGAACUGAUUGGUUACCACCCUGAGGAGCUACUUGGCCGCUCUGCCUAUGAGUUCUACCAUGCCCUGGACUCGGAGAGCAUGACCAAAAGUCACCAGAACUUGUGCACCAAGGGGCAGGUGGUGUCUGGCCAGUACCGGAUGCUGGCAAAACACGGAGGUUAUGUGUGGCUGGAGACCCAGGGGACAGUCAUCUACAAUCCCCGCAACCUGCAGCCCCAGUGUAUCAUGUGUGUCAACUAUGUCCUGAGUGAGAUUGAGAAGAAUGAUGUGGUGUUCUCCAUGGACCAGACUGAAUCCCUGUUCAAGCCCCACCUGGUGGCCAUGAAUAACAUCUUUGACAGCAGUGGCGAUGCAGCCGUAUCUGAGAAGAGUAACUACCUGUUCACCAAGCUGAAGGAGGAGCCCGAGGAGCUGGCCCAGCUGGCCCCCACCCCAGGAGAUGCCAUUAUUUCUCUGGAUUUUGGAAGCCAGAACUUUGACGAAUCAUCGGCAUAUGGCAAGGCCAUCCUGCCCCCAGGCCAGCCAUGGACUGCAGAGCUGAGCCACAGUGCCCAGAGUGAGUCCGGGAGCUUGCCUGCCUUCACUGUGCCCCAGGCGGGCACCCCAGGGAACACCACGCCCAGUGCCACAAGCAGCAGUAGCUGCUCCACGCCCAGCAGCCCUGAGGACUAUUACUCAUCUCUGGAGGAUCACUUGAAGAUUGAAGUGAUCGAGAAGCUCUUUGCCAUGGACACGGAAGCAAAGGACCAGUGCAACACCCAGACGGAUUUCAAUGAGCUGGACUUGGAGACGCUGGCACCCUACAUCCCGAUGGAUGGGGAGGACUUCCAGCUAAGCCCCAUCUGCCCGGAGGAGCCUCACGUGCCAGAGAGCCCCCAGCCCAGUGCCCAGCACUGCUUCAGCACCAUGACAAGCAUCUUUCAGCCACUAGCCCCGGGGGCCACCCACAGCCCCUUCUUCCUGGACAAGUACCCGCAGCAGCUGGAGAGCAGGAAGACGGAGCCUGAGCACUGGCCCAUGUCUUCCAUCUUCUUUGACCCUGGGAACAAAGGGUCCCUGCCCCCCUGCUGUGGCCAGGCCAGCACUCCUCUCUCUUCUAUGGGAGGCAGAUCCAACACUCAGUGGCCUCCAGACCCACCAUUACAUUUCGGGCCCACCAAGUGGCCUGUGGGCAACCAGAACCCUGAAUCGCUGGGGGCUCUGACAUUGGGGCCAUCACAGUUGGAGCCUCCCAACACCUCACCACAUGUCUCCAUGUUCAAGAUGAGGUCUGCAAAGGAAUUUGGGGCUCGUGGCCCAUACAUGAUGAGCCCAGCCAUGAUAGCCCUCUCCAACAAGCUGAAGCUAAAGCGCCAGCUGGAAUACGAGGAACAAGCCUUCCAAGAUACAAGUGGGGGGGAUCCUCCGGGUGCCAGCAGCAGUUCACAUCUGAUGUGGAAACGUAUGAAAAGCCUCAUGGGAGGGACCUGUCCUCUGAUGCCUGACAAGACCAUCAGUGCGAACAUGGCCCCUGAUGAAUUCACCCAAAAAUCCGUGCGAGGCCUGGGCCAGCCACUGAGACAUCUGCCACCCCCACAGCCACCAUCUGCUGUGAGCCCAGGGGAGAAUGCCAAGAGCGGGUUCCCACUACAGUGCUAUGCCUCCCAGUUCCAGGACUACAGUCCUCCAGGAGCCCAAAAGGUGUCAGGCAUGGCAAAUCGACUGCUGGGGCCAUCGUUCGAGCCUUACCUGUUGCCAGAACUGACCAGAUAUGACUGUGAGGUGAAUGUCCCCGUGCCAGGAAGUUCCACACUCCUGCAAGGGAGAGACCUUCUCAGAGCUCUGGACCAGGCCACCUGAGCCAGGGCCUUUGGCUGGGCAUGUUCCUGCCCUGCCACCUAGUCCUGUCAGCUUCACCUUCCGUCUGUGUUGCAACUAGGUAUAUCUAACACCAGCACACUUAAGAGAUGUACUGACCUGGCUGAUUUGCCCAGGUCACCAAGCAGUGGCCUUUAUCUGACAUGCUCACUUUAUUAUCCGUGUUUUAAAAAAUACAUAGUUGUUUUACCGUCGAUGAAAACAUCCUAAAUUUUGUAAGAUUUCCCUCUCCCUCCCUUGAAUUAUCUCUAAUUUAUAUUCCCCAAAGGUUUCUCUCUCACUCGGUAUCUGUACUAACAAGUAUGGAGGAUGUUGGCUCUCCUGUUAGGGAAGGCUUUGGCUUCACUCGACUGAAGUGAUUUUGUCAUUGUUGUUGCCAAAGAGAAAAGGAUUUUCCCUUUCCAAGCUCCAACGCGGAUGCGCUCUCUCUCACACACACACACCCCUAAUCACCAUAUUGUAAAAUUUAGUGUUGUUUUUAAAAAGCCAACUCCAUGCUCUGGUUUUGAUACAACUCAUGGGGCAAAAAAGCAAAUGUGAAGGGUGAACUCCAGGGUCACCUGUGAUGCUACACAGUGGCCUUCCUGAACCAUUUGGUGGCGUCCCCCCAUCCCACCCCCAGGUUCAGUGGAUUUUUUAUUAUUAUUACUCAAAAGCAAAACUGAGGGUUUUUUUUUAAGGAAAAUUUAUAUCUGGGUUUAGUGUUUAUCAUAUAUAUGGGUACUUUGUAAUAUCUAAAAACUUAGAGAUGGAAUCCUGCUCACAAAAUCACUUUUAAGGUCUUUCUAGGGCUGUUAUUUUCAUUUUCCUCAGUGCUCUAGACACCAGAGAACUGCACAGUACUCCCCGCAAGCCUAUACUAACAGUUAUGGAUCCUCUCUCUCUGGUGACCUUUUUUUGCUUUUGUGAUAGGCCAUAGGUGUGAUAAACAAUCCCAGGGGUGGAGUCAUUAAGGGGCAAGCAUUUGCGGCUAUCUUCUGUUCUCAUGUUCUCUGUGCAUUAUGUACGUAUGCAUUGUUAUUGCUGCCACGAGAGCUUUGAUGGCACGUCGGGGGAUGGGAAGGAUGCGUUUUUACUCUGUUUGGGUGGUGUUGCUAGCCCUUCAAGUCCACUGAGCUAUGUGACCCUACCUGUCUCUCCAUGCAUGCGGCACACUGGGGUAUUUCCACAGCUACCAUGAAAUGGUUUGAGUGGGAAUUCACAAAUAAUGUAGUGACCCAGUUCUUGGAGCUAACUGGGAGAUGGCACCAGGUCUGCCCUCCGCCACACCCCACAGCUUGCAGGGCACAUGGCCCUGCAAAGCCAAGGUGCAGCACCGCCUGUUGGAGAGCAGCAGGCAGACCUCUGGGGACAGCCCCUAGCUGAGGUCUCAGUCACGUGAAGUGAUGUGAAUAGGUAGGAAGCACUGAAAAUAGUGUCCCCAGAGCACUUUGUAACUCACUGGGGAAGAGGGAGGCCACCUUUCCAGUGUGCGAUACCAAUCGACAGAAGACAUUGUUGACUUGGGUACAAUAAACUUUAAAUACACAUGAAUCUCAUCAGGCCAGAAUGCAGUCAGCCUAAAAGGACUUACUGCUCAAACCAAAAAUUAACUUUCAAAGUCAAUCUACCUAGGCACGGUGUUGUCCAAGUCGCACAUUGGUGCACAGUGUGGCCUGACACACAGGGACAGAACUUGAAGGGUUAUUGACAUGUAAAUGAUGCUGGUAUUUGAUUUCCUGUGUUGUUGCCUCAGCGUUAAGGGCAUUUUCCCUUUGCAGUUUUACUUAAAAAAAAAAAAAUCUGAGAAAUAUUCCGAGCUUCAUAUUAACCUUUCCUGUCGAUGUAACAACUUCGUGAACAUUACUGCAUUGUCAAAUUCCUACUGACGACAUUAUAACUGUAUGGGAGCUUAACUUUAUAAGGAAAUGUAUUUUGACACUGAUAUCUUAUUAAAGUAUUCUGAUCCUA